GUUACUCUAAUUUUGUUAACAAGAUCAGAAUCAAAUCAAAAGGCGUUCAUUGAACAUUUCAUACCAGUGCACCAUAAAGCCAAGUUAUUAUCCUUCAACAAUGAAAUCCAUUUUCGCUAUUGUAAUUUUGGCUCUUGCCGCCAACGUACACUCUUCUUUUCUGACAGCUCAAGUAGCUCCCGGCGUCUCAUAUGUGACUCAUGAUGCAGCUUUUCCGUACGGCGGUGCUUGGCACGGUGCUUAUGGAGCUGUCGAUUUUAGUGCGGGUGCCCCUUGGGGAUAUGCUGGUCAUGGCGCUUGGGGUGGUUAUCCCGGCAUUGGUUUAAGUCAAGGCCCUGGUUAUGGUCAUGGCGUUUACGUGGCUAAAACACGCGGUGCUGUUCAUACUGCACCUUUGGCUGGCCAUGUUAACUCAGCCACUUCGGUGAAUGUAGCUCCCGCCCCAGGCACUCACUAGUUCUUCGAUAUUUUCGAUAAUGACAACAUUCAAUUUCCUUAUAAUGCAUUAAUAACUUUACUUUAAAGCAUACUAUUUUCCACCAACAGGUUUUACAUGAAGCGUUCUCUUUUAUGAUAUGGUAGUUUGGAUAAUAAAAUAAUACAAGAUUUUCUUAUGGAAUAAAAGCCUGCAUUAUAUUAUCAAA